AUAAUCCAAUUAAAUGUGUGUUAGCAUUACAACCGUAAACAUUAACUUAGACACCUAAAACAAAAUGACAUUUUCUGUGAAAUGCAUUGUUCUCUUCUUCCUUAUGGGGCUGAGCUUCCAAGUUCCCUCCACUGAUGCUGCUCCAACUGGUGGUGGGAAUGAGACAGAUCAUCAUGCUUUGCUAGAAUUCAAGGCAAAGAUUGUUUAUGACCCCCAAAACACGACGACUUCAUGGAAUGAUUCUACCCAUUUCUGUAAUUGGGAAGGUGUCAUAUGUGGUCGCAGACACAAAAGAGUCACCACACUAGAUCUUCAUUCUAAAGGCUUGGUGGGUAACUUGUCUCCUUAUAUCGGAAACAUGAGUUUCCUUAGGGCUAUCACACUACAAAACAAUAGCCUUCAAGGUGAAAUCCCUUCAGAACUAGGUCGUUUGUUCAGGCUGCAACUUCUAGAUCUUAGCAACAACUCAUUUGAAGGGAAAAUUCCAUCCAACUUGUCCAAAUGCUUGAACAUGAGUUUUCUUGGAUUAGCUUACAACAAGCUGGUUGGAAAAAUUCCAGUAGAGCUUGCAGCUUUGUCCAAGCUUAAACUAAUUGUAAUUCAUGCUAAUUAUUUGAGCGGGGGCAUACCACCAUUUUUGGGAAACUUUAGCUCGCUUGAAACUUUGUCAGCUCGCGGAAAUUUCUUGAGUGGAAAUAUUCCACAUUCUUUGGGUCAACUCAAGUACUUGUCAUCUAUUGGGCUUGGAAGCAAUAACCUCUCAGGUAUUGUCCCACAAGCCAUUUAUAAUAUAUCCUCCAUCACAAUAUUAUCUGUAUCAAAUAAUUCUCUCCAUGGAAGUCUUCCAUCAAAUAUUGGCCUCCUCCUACCUCAUCUUCAGGUAUUACAAAUGUCAAGAAACCAUUUUAGUGGAUCCAUUCCAGGAUCAUUAUCCAAUGCCACCAAACUCCAACGAAUUCUUUUACAGCAAAACAAAUUCAAUGGGAAAGUAAAUGUUGAUUUUGGAGGAUUACAACAACUUUACAGGUUAUUUUUGAGUCGUAACAAUCUUGGAAACAAGGGAGGUAAUGAUUUGGAUUUUAUCACUUCUUUACUGAAUUGUACCAAUUUGAAAGAUGUGGAUAUGUCCUACAAUCAGUUUAAGGGAGUAUUACCAAAUUUUGUGGGCAAUCUAUCUUCAUCCCUUGAAUGGCUAUCAAUGCACUUCAAUCAAAUAGGUGGAAGCCUCCCUCGGUGGUUAUCAAUGCUUGUUAGCUUACAAUAUGUGAAUAUAGCAUAUAACCAAAUUAUGGGUACCAUUCCCAUUGAAUUAGGUAAGCUUUCAAGACUAGUAGAUCUUAUACUCAAUGAUAAUAGAUUAUAUGGACCAAUUCCUUCAUCUUUAGGAAACAUAUCAUCAUUGGGUGAAAUUCGAUUAUUUCGCAAUAAUUUACAAGGCAACAUUCCCUCUAGCCUUGGAAAUUGCCCAAAAUUAUUAUUUAUGUCUCUUUCUCAGAACAAUCUUAGCGGCUCCAUACCUAAACAGCUUUUUCCUUUCCAGUCCAUGCUAGUUUCCUUAGCACUAGAUCAGAACCACUUAGAUGGAUCCCUCCCAUCAGAAAUUGGAAAUUUAUUCAAUUUGAAGGAAUUGCAUGUUGCUAAAAACAUGUUGUCUGGCAAUAUUCCAAAUGACCUUGGUCGGUGCAAUAGCCUUGAGUUGCUUUACAUGGGCAAUAACAACUUACAAGGAAACAUGCCUCCAUCUUUGGCCUCUUUAAAAGGUCUAAGAAUUUUUGAUUUGUCUCACAACAAUUUUUCUGGUGAGAUUCCAGAAUACCUAGAGAAAUUUGCAUUGGAAUAUGUUGAUUUAUCUUUCAACAAUUUUGAUGGUGAUGUUCCCGUCAAAGGAGUUUUCGCAAAUGCUAGUGCAAUAUCAAUUGUAGGAAACAAUAGGCUUUGUGGGGGUAUACCAGAGCUACAAUUGCCAAGAUGCCCUGUUGAAGCAUCAAAAAGAAGCAGAUUGCGAACUAUCAAAAUAGUUGUGAUCAUCAUCUCUUGUGCUUUGGGCAUUAUCAUGCUAUCAAUUGCCAUGUAUUACAAAUCCAAGAAGAAGAAAAGAGACCAAUCUCCCACUUCCUUAGAAAUAAAUUCAUUUCAGAGGAUUUCAUAUGAAAUGAUUCUUAAGGCAACUGACGGGUUCUCUUCAGCAAAUUUGAUUGGCGUGGGUUGUUUUGGAUCUGUCUAUAAAGCUACUUUUGAGGAGGAUGGAGCAAUUGCUGUAGUGAAAGUACUCAACCUUCAACAACGAGGCGCUGCAAACACUUUUAUAGCUGAAUGCAAAGCCUUGAGAAAUGUACGUCAUCGAAAUCUUGUCAAGUUAAUGUCGUCUUGCUCCAGUAUUGAUUUCAAAGGAAAUGAUUUUAGGGCACUUGUUUAUGACUACAUGCCCAAUGGGAAUUUAAAGAAGAAGUUACAUACAGACUUAGAAAGAUGUGUUGACCUAAUUGAUGAACAACCAAGUCUAAGUCUUUUGCAGAGAUUGAGCAUUGCUAUAGAUGUUGGGAAUGGGCUAGAUUAUCUUCAUCACCAUUGUCACCAGCCAAUUGUUCAUUGUGAUCUAAAGCCAAGCAAUAUUCUUCUUGACAAUGAUAUGGUAGCUUAUAUUGGAGAUUUUGGACUAGCAAAGUUUCUUCCUCACCUAACAAAUCCAACCCAAAGCAGCUCAUUUGGAGUUAGAGGAACAAUAGGUUAUGCAGCUCCAGAGUACGGAUUAGGAAGUGAGGUAUCAACAAGUGGAGAUGUUUAUAGUUAUGGAAUCCUAUUAUUAGAGAUGGUGACAGGAAAAGAACCCACUGAUGAUAUUUUUGUAGAAGGUCUUAACCUUCACAACUUUGCAAAGAUGGCAUUGCCCAACCAAGUGUUGGAGAUUGUAGACCCAACACUUUUACAAGAAGAUGAAGGAUUAAAAAACAAUCACAGUCCAAAACAAGCAAUAAAUGAUAGCAAAGUUGAAUGCCUAAUUUGCAUGAUCAAUGUCGGGGUAGCAUGUUCCAUGGAGUCUCCUCAAGAUAGAAUGGACAUAAGCGAUGCAAUCAAAGAUUUAUAUUUAGUCAGAAACAAUUAUAUGGAAGCUAGAAUAGAGCCACCUUUGUAUUGUACAGCUGCAUGAAAUUCAAUGUCUCUUUAAGGGUGGCCGCAGUUUUACCAAGGAAGUGGAAGGAGAAAGUUGUGACGUCAAAUUAUAAGUGCAAGGGUUGUGUUUUUGUAGGCCAUAAUUAUAUGUUCUUUAUGUUUGGGCAUAUGGUUUUGUUGGUAUGCUCAGUUUGAAAAAAAAAAAAAAAAAUGAAAGUGUGUACUAUGACAAUGUAAAUUAUAUGUUUGAUGUAUAAAUAAUGGGAGAUUCAUACUCCUCACUAAGA